UCGCUUUAUUGUUGGUACUGAGCUUGUCACCUAAAGCAACUGUGGAUUGUAGAUGUGAUAGAUAUAUUCUAAGAAGAGCGAAGAUAUAAAUUUUAAUUUUUUAAAUAUCUUUGUGUCUAUCAAAUGGGUACCGUUGAAUAUGGUUUUCCUACGAUAGGCGGAUUAAUGCCGGUAAGCGCAACAAGCAAAUCUACAAGCAGCAGUGCAGAUUUUCUCAAAUACAGGCUCUUAUAGCCCCGCCAAUAUCUGAAGACUCUAAAGCAGCCAAAACAAAGAAGGAGAAAGAGGAGAAAAAGCAUCCAUACUUCAAAAGACGAGGUCGUGGUCACAAUCGUGAUUUCUGCGAUGCUUGUAAGGAUGGAGGAGAGCUCAUAUGCUGUGAUAGAUGUCCAGCUUCUUAUCACUUACAAUGCCAGGAACAAGAGAUUCAGUAAUUAACUUUCUAGCUAUCCUGCAGUAGACCCAUUAGACAUUCCUAAUGGAGAAUGGUUGUGUUAUACCUGUAGUUGUGCUGCUAAAAGAGAAAUCAUGGAUAAAGAAAAUGAAAAGAAAAAGAAAAUGUCUGCUUUGGAAAUAUUGGCAUUUGCAGCUUCUUUAGUAAAUCCUAGAGAAUUUGAAUUACCUAAGGAAUUACAGUUACCUAUAAUGUUUCCUGGCAGCAAUAAAAUGGAUUAUGUAUCUGGUAGAAGAGGUAAACAGUUAAGUUCAUCAUGUAAUAAUGUUGGAAAAAAUCACUGUUUGGAUAGCAACUUAAUGGUUCCAUUGCCAGCCCGUUUAUGUUUUGAAUGUGGACGUAGCUGCAGAAAAGCUCCAUUAAUUGCAUGUGAUUAUUGUCCAUUGUAUUUUCAUCAGGAUUGUUUGGACCCACCACUGACCACUUUUCCUAUUGGUAGAUGGAUGUGUCCUAAUCAUCCAAAUCACUUUAUAGAUCAAAAUCUGUUGACUUCAUGUAGAGUAACAGAACGCAUAAAACUGUGGGAUAAGUAUGCCAAUCAGCGAAUAGAUCAACAUGCAGUGAAACUAGACUUCUUGCGUAAAGCACGUGCUGCUAAUCCAUUAUUUCGUACAAAAGUAAGACUGGAAGGUCGUCCAAGAGUGAAAGUUCCUAGCAGCAUAAAAUACCAUUAUGAAAAUCCAUCAAAAUUGGAUUCUAUACAUUUUAAUCAAAAUACUGUCAUACAGCCUUUAGAGGAUAGCGAAAGCAGAAAUGAACAACGUACAAACUCUGAGCAAAUAGAUGAUAGUAAGAAUUGUGAAUUAGAAGAAAAUAAAACUGAAGAAGUCAGUCAAGUAGAAAUAAAAACAGAGGAAAAUGAUAUAACUGUAGAUAAAGAAACUAAUCGAAAGAAAGAAAUCAAUGCAAAUGAAUGCAUGGAUAAAAUGGAAAAUGUUACUGUAACACAUACUUCUAGGACAUACAAUAAUCUCGAGUUUCAUUCAAGAUAUUAUGAUUACGAUAUUAAGGAAGGUGUACAGCUAUUAGAGAGACCAGUGUUAGAGAUAUUGGCACAACAAAGAUUAGGACAAAUAUUGAAUCCUGAUGGUAAAUAUUACGAAACAGUAAAUCGCCAUAGACGCGUUAGAGCCGUAUUAUUUUCUGUAAGUCCUAAACCUAGUCCACCAGCUUAUAUGACUCAUAGAACUUUUGUUAUUGGCAACGGCCCGAACUGCGAUUUAGUUUUAUCCAGUUAUGGUAAAUGUGACUUCAUAUCCUCGAAACAUGCAAUUAUAUUUUUCGACGAGAUGACUAAACGUUACGAGUUACUCAAUUACAGUGAGUAUGGAACAGUGGUGGACGAUGUAUUAUAUUGUCCUAAUUAUACUCACUCUACAGAAGAAGAUUCGAAAGAUGAGAAGAAUGAAAAAGUGACAUACAUCACUAAAGAAGAAGAGACGUCUGAAAUGAUAAAAACUAUUCUACAUAAAGAAGAGACAGUUGCUCUGCAGCAACAUACGCAUGGAAUUAACAAAAUCUCAUGCAAAUGUAGUAGAAAACGUAAGAUUGUAGCUAACAAACAUCCAGAAGAAGGAUGGGAAGGUAGUGCGAUCAUCGCCCAUGGGUCGAUCCUUGCUUUCGGAUGUCUUACGUUUGUAUUUAAUACCUCAGGCACAUAUAUAGAUAGAUGAAAUUCCAUAUUGUAAAUAUUCAACGCUGUAAAAAUAGUUUUAUAAAUCAACAAUUAAAUUAAUGAAACAUUCAUUUUUGAUACAUUAAA